UCUUCAUAUAUAUAUAUAUCGUCGGCUUCUUGUCUCUCUCUCCAUAAACGAAGGGACACACAAUUUAUUGAAUCAAUCAGGAUGAAGCUAUUUUUUUGUUUAUUGAUAUUGUUCGGUUUUCUUGAUUUUCCGGCCACCACAUCAUCGGAAGACCGCCACGACUUUCCAUAUCUGGCAUCCUCCCCCACCUCCGGCGGCGGAUUCAACGAGCCCCCCGAGAAGAUCCUGCGGAAUCAGUCGUCACCACUGCCGUGGAGCGACGUGCCCACGUCCAGCUGUCAGGAAGCGUGGAGCAGGACAUGCUCCGAUGAGCUGUUGAGGGUCGCCGGAGAGAAGGAGAACGUGGAGUGGAUAAAGUCGGUGAGGAGGGCGAUCCACCGGAACCCGGAACUGGCUUUCGAGGAGUACGAGACCAGCCGGCUUGUUCGAGAGGAGCUGGAGAAGAUGGGGAUUCCAUACGAAUUUCCUUUAGCCGUUACCGGAAUCCGAGCGACUGUCGGGACCGGCGGCCCACCGUUUGUCGCUCUCCGGGCAGAUAUGGAUGCGCUUCCCAUUCAGGAAGGCGUAGAGUGGGAGCACAAGAGUGAGGUUCCAGGGAAGAUGCAUGCUUGUGGUCACGACGCCCACGUCGCAAUGCUCCUUGGCGCCGCUAAAAUUUUGAAGCUUCGCGAAAAUUUCUUGAAGGGGACGGUGAUACUAAUUUUCCAGCCGGCGGAGGAGGCCGGAAACGGAGCAAAAAGGAUGAUAGAAGACGGGGCUCUUGACAAAGCAAAGGCCAUCUUUGCUCUUCAUGUCUCUCAUCAGCAUCCCACUGGCGUUAUUGGAUCACGGCCCGGCCCUCUACUCGCCGGGUGCGGCUUUUUCCGGGCCGUGAUCGGUGGUCAGGGCAACCCCGUCGUGGCUGCCUCCGCGGCCAUCAUCAGCUUGCAGGCCAUUGUUUCCCGGGAAGCCGACCCGCUGGACGCUCAGGUGAUCUCAGUGACAUCGGUUGAUUGCCUUGGCGCCAAAUCAGAGUCUGUUAUUCUUCGUGGCACUUUCAGGGCUUUCUCCAAUUCUAGUUUGCGUCGGCUUUUGAAGAGAAUCAGAGAGGUGAUCGCAGAACAGGUUAGUGUGUUCAAAUGCUCGGCAACAGUAGACUUCUUUAAUGACAAAGACACACUUUAUCCCCCAACCGUGAACGAGGAGCGAAUGUACGAACACGUGAAGAAGGUUUCUGAGCAUUUGGUUGGUCCAUCGAAUUUCAGAGUCGUUGCACCAUUGAUGGGUGCAGAGGAUUUCUCAUUCUACUCUCAACUCAUUCCUGCAGCAUUCUUCUACAUAGGAAUAAUGAACGAGACUUUGGGAUCAAUACAUAGUGGUCACUCCCCUCUUUUCAUGAUCGAUGAAGAUGCCCUCCCUAUAGGUGCAGCAACUCAUGCUGCAAUUGCUGAGAGAUUUCUAUACGAUUAUGAAUAAUAAUAAUAAUAAUAAUAAUCCUUUAAUUUUUAGACUUUUAGUUACUCCCUAGAUAGUCAUAUUAUUUGACAAGCAAAGGUUGUCCUUCAAAUGUUGGCCUAUACUUUGGUUAAGUUAUGCUAAAAUGAUGCAUUUGCUUAUCAAUGUUAGUUUGCAAUAUAUACCAGGCAGUUUGACUGAUAUUCUAAUAUAAGUUUUGCAAUAUAUACC